UUCAUCAUUUGCACAGCUCUCCAAUUUGCCAAUGGAUACCCCAUGCAGCAGCAAACGUUCAUUUCAAAUGCGGAUCGAAGAAGAUGGCUCCCUACCAAUUGUCAAGUUAGCGCCAAAGGGCUUUGUCAUUGUCUCUGCAAGACAGUUUACUAGGUUGAAUGAAGCCGGUUCCAUUUCCAGCGGCGGUUUCAAUUGUCUCAUAAACUAGCUGGUUGGAUGCAUUCAAUUUGCAUGAAGCUGUUGAGCACUGUCCACAAUUGAAUGAAGGAGCCAUGAGUUCGGCACGCUGCGCCAGCUCUCUUGAGCGGGCCCAAAGAUGGUCAACCUUGCAAUGUCAAGAACAGACCUACACCCCACAUCGGAAGAGCACGCUCAACCCAAGGAGGCGCGAAAUCAGAGCGACUCUGCAUCGCUCAAGCAAGGUCGCAUGGAGGCAAUUGCCAGGAAGACCUACCACCGCAGGAAAAGACUUCUAUAUUCAACCAUUUGGACAACCCGUUGAUGCCCCUUUGAGGUUUACGGCAAAGCCUGUUAACGCCGUCUCCCAAGCCAGCCUACCAGGAGGGUCUGAUUCUGAGUUGAGGGGUGCGCUUGACUUGGCCAGCGAUGAGGAGUUGCAUGAGAUUGUCAAUAUCUUGUAUGGGAGAAGCCCCCUCAGUCCCAUUCUGAAGUCCAUUGCCACCGGGGAUGGUUCCUCCUCUGACGGCGAGGAUGGCGGAGCGGGUCACCCCCGGAGGGACUUCCGGGACAUGCUGAGCGAGAGAGAGACACUUCUCCGCAGGCUGGAGGCGCGGUUCUUCUUCCUGGCUGCCGAUGCCAAGGCGACCAUGACGGGCAAACGACCGAGCUACCGCCAGGUGCUGCUGUGCGUGCGUCAGAAGCUACGCGUCCCAUGCUCCAAUGUGCUGUCGACUGCGGACCUUGAAGCGGAGAUCUUCUUGCACUUACUGCAAGAGUAUUCCAGCGCACCGUCUAAACAGAAGGAACACGAGCAGGGCGUUGUGAUGGUGAACGACCCGAGGCACGUGCAAGGCAAGCGGUGGCAUCAGCUAGGGAAGCUGCUGGCGCCGGUCAAGAUCGGGGGGGAGGAGGUGCUGUCAAUACUAGCCAAGGGAAGCAGUGCGCUGGGCGUGACCACGCUGCAAAACAUGGCUCUUGGCCGGUUGUCAGGGCGCAUGUUGUUGGAAAGGGCCAAGUAUCAGGUCGCGACUGAAGCCCUCAAGAAGGGUGGUGCAGCAGUGGCCAACCGGAUUCAAAGUCACUACGCCGUUCUGGCGGCUAAGCAGGCCCUUGCUGGCGCAUCUGCGCGUUAUGCCAUCCUCAGAAGCACGAUGACAUUGCUUGGGCCAGUCAUGUGGGGGGCGUUCAUGGCGGACGUGGUGCUUCAGGCGGUGGGUACGGACUACGGACGUGUUGUGCGGGUGAUCUUUGCGCUGGCCCAGAUCCGCCUUACCAGAACGUACGGCUGGAGACAGUCGGAUGCAACUUAGGGCGGUAGGUGAAGAGAGGCAGCGCUUGGAGGGGACGUUAUAAGACGUCACGUUCAAUUGCAGCUUAUGCAAGAAUAAGCUUUUGAGACACGGCUCACCAAAUGAUCUUUUGAGAGUCUCAAGCAUGGUAGACAUAAAUGAUAAGUAUGCGAUCCAUGAUAUCUCGAUUGCAUAAGUAGAUUCACGUGACCUGAUACGAGUUGCGUUUAAAACAUUGUUUGCUAAGCACGCACAGUCUUACAUAGAAGUUGAACAAGAUAUUCCCAUGAUUGCACAGUCUUACAUAGAAGUUGAACAAGAUAUUCCCAUGAUUGCCUUGAAGGA